AUGCUCUCUCCGUCAGCAUACUCGCUUUCGAGGCAACUUCAGCCUCCCCCGGUGCGGCCCUCCAGGUCUCUCGAGGGCCUGGAAAGGGUCAUUCCUCCCAGCUCUCUUCCCGUUGUCCAUACUCGCUCUCGGCUGCACUUGGACAAGCCGCUGCCCGACCUUCCUGCAAGGUCACGCACCCAGUCUCCAGAUCACUUCAUCGGCUCGACGGCGUGGAGCGACGACAGCAGCACCGUCAACAGCUUCGAAGACGACGACGACGAUGACGAUGAAGAUGAUCUCCGUUGCCGCCGCCGGUCCAGCAUUUCGACAGAGAGCUAUCCCGUGUUCGUCCGCGCCGGCUCAGACGAUCCAGAUCGAGCCGGCUUCGUCGAUCAUCCUUCCGUCUCCACGCUGGACCACACUGACACUCCGUCCGCGGAUCCCUACGACAACCACCACAAGCCAGCUGCUGCCUCGUCGCUGCCCGGCCUCACAUUCCUGGCGAACGAGCACUAUACUCCCCCGCCCCCGCCGCAGCAGCAAUGGAACAACCACGUCGGCCCCAACCACUACUUCCGCGAGAAGAAAUGGGACUUCUUCCCCGAGCUAGCCACCCCGUCAGCCUUACAGAACUCGCCCCACAACAACUUCACUUCACGCCCCCGCAAGAAAGACACUGCCCGCCGAUGGAUCCCCAUCCCCUCCGACAAGGGCGCUGCGUUCGCCAACGACGUCCGCAAUUCAAUACGCUCCAUCCAACGCCGUCUCUCCCGCAACUCCAUGGACAAGGACAAGCCCAAGCGGGGCCAGACCGACGGCCGGCCUACGACGUCCCCCAUUGAGUUCGCCCGCGGUCUGUAUAGUUCUAGUACUAGUUCCCCGCCACCACAACUCCAAACAACGCUCCCCUCAACGGAUGACUACUACUUCAACCACCGAGUCUCUUCAAUUCCACAGACCCCGGUCUACACCAGCGUCGACGAAAAACUAACCCGCCUCUCCAUCUCCCCCACCGGCUCCUCAAUCUCCGACCAAUCCAUGCUAGCGCGUGAGACACUCUCACAGUCCCUCUCGAGUAUAUAUUCUCACUACGAAAAACCCCUUCCCAAACCGAAAAGCAAACAACUUGCCGUCCCUAUCUCUCCUUACCAGAAGUACGGCGCAGCUAUCUGGGAUAAAUCCGGUAAGGAGAAAAAGCCAAAACCAAAGCACCGAAAGCGCCUCAGCUACCAGCAUCACCGACAGCCACAGCGGGUGCGUUUUCUCAAAUAUCGGAACCGCAACCGGAGGGAGUCGUCCCAGCUCAAGGGAAACAAUAAUACAUUUGUCUCCUCGACGGUGCCGCUUAAGCCGCCCGGUCGCAAACAGACACGCACGCCGUUGCGGCAAGGGACUCGCUACGCGGUUAGGGCUUUGCAAGACGGGACGAGCCAGGUCCUUGUUGCCAUUGAUGGAGCGAAGAAGAGGAUGGCCGGGACUUCUCCUUUUGUUUCCAAAACAUCGAGGAUCAAGUCGGCAUCAACAUCGAAAUUGGACAUGAGAAGGACACAUCUGAAAAGCCAGAUUCGGCUUGUUGGACCGGUGAAUCCGUAUACUACUUCUCACCGGAGGGACCCGUGGAUAUGA